AUGGCUUUCAACUCACAACGUACAUUUAGAGCCCCAACUUUCCGGUCACAACUUUCAAUUCGUCGUGUGUAUGAAACUUUGGAGCCAAGAUCAGAACCGAAAGAAACUGCUGAAGCUCACUUUCUUCAUGUUUACCUUCCUGGUUAUACAAAGGAUCAAAUGAAGAUUACAUUGCAGGACGCAUCACAAGUGCUGAGAAUUUCAGGUGAACGGCCAAUUCCAGGCAACAGAUGGAGAAAAUUUGACCAAACAUUUCCUGUUCCAGAAAACAGUGAUGUAGGGACACUUGAAGCCAAGUUUGAACAAGGAACUCUCAUUCUUAAAAUGCUAAAGAAACCCAUUCCACAAUCACAAGUUGUUGCUCCUAAACAAGAAGUGGAAAAAAGUCAACAACAUCCUUCAAGUAAUAAAGAUUUGGAUGAAACAAAGCUUGGAAAAGUCCAAGAGACAAUUCCACCAACACAAUCUACUAAGUUGGAAGAACCAACUCAAGACAUGAAAAGUGAUUCACCUCAAACUCAAAGCAUUGAGAAAAAGAAAAAUGAGGCUUUUCAUGAUGACACGUUGUCUCAAACUGCUAGAGAAACAAUAAGCAAUAAUGAGGCUCAAAAGAGUCAACAAGAGUUUGAGGAAAAACCAACUUUCAAGGACACAACAAAAACACAAAUUGAUGAAAAGGCUCAAGAGGGUCAACAAGAGUUUGAGAAAAAACCAACAUUUGUUGAGAGAACCAAAACACAAAUAGAUGAAAAGGCUCAAAAGGGUCCAGAAGAAUUUGAGGAAAAACCAACAUUCAUAAAGAGAACCAAAACACAAGUAGAUGAAAAAGCUCCAAAGGGUCAAGAUGAGUUUGAGAAAAAACCAACAUUCAUUGAGACAACCAAUACACAAAUAGAUGAAAAGGCUCAAAAAGUUCAACAAGAAUUUGAGCCAAAACCAACAUUCAAAGACAUAGCCAAAACACAAUUCGAUGAAAAGACUCAACAAGAUCAAGAGGAAUUUGAUAAAAAAACAACAAUCAUUGAGAGAACCAAAACAGAAAUAGAAGAAAAUCUUCAAAAAGUUCAAAAGGAAUUUGAGCCAAAACCAACAGAAAAAGUGGUCACCAAAGAAAACUUAGAGGAAAAAAUAGUUAGAAAGAGUGAUGAAUAUGGUAAGGAGGAAAGGAUCUCAAAGAAAGAGGAAAUUGAAGAGAAAAAUGAGAAGCCUUAUGAGUCAAGUAAGACUAUGAAAGAUGUGAAACAAAAUGAAAUUGAAAAAGAAGAACACUCUGGUUCAAAAGUUACAGAAAAUGAAAAGGAAUCUAGCAGCAGAAUUUCUCCCAAUCAGGAAGAGAUGAAUGGAAUAAGAAAAUUAACUGCUGCUUCUACUCAGUUUGUAACAAGAAUGGCAGAAGGGAAAUGGAGUGGUGAUGAGAGACAUUUGGUUGAAAAUGUAGGUGCUGCAAUUUUAGUGAUUGCUGCAUUUGGAGCCUAUAUAUCAUAUAGGUUUUCCUCUUGA